AUGUGUUGUGAUUGGAAAUUAACAAACAUUGAAGAAAAGAAACUAAAUACUGUAGAACACCAAUGCCUAAGAAAGAUCCUAAAAAUAAGAUGGCAAAGUAAAACAUCGAACAAAACAGUAAAUGAAAUAGCUAACACCAGAAACAUCAGUUGCGAAAUCAGAAGGAGACGGUGGACAUGGAUAGGACAUACAUUAAGACGUGAAAGAGACAACAACAGCUAUGUAGCUCUACAAUGGGCACCUGAAGGGAAAAGAAUUAGAGGAAGGCCAAAAACUACAUGGAGAAGAACAACAGAGAAAGAAAGGAACCAACAAGGAUGGACAAGUUGGAACGUAGCCAGAACAGCGGCAAAAGAUAGAAAAGGGUGGAAAAACAGCGUGGAGGCCUUAUGCGACUUCUGGCGCGGAGAGAAUUAA